CGCUGGGGUAGGCCCUCCCCGCCCGCUUCCACUUCCGAGUCCGGGUUGCGGAGGGAAGCAGGCGGCAGCAACAGCAGCGGCCGGGAAGAGAGAAUCAAAACUCUAGUCUCUUUUAAGCACAGCUGACUGACGUAGUGGAAACUGCCAUGAGACUUCUCUGUACUGCACUUUCUUUGGUCUUGAUUUACCAGCUGGUUGAUGCUACGUUAUCAAAGACCGAUGCAAAGAAAAUGGCUUCAAAAACGCUGGAGGAAAAGGUAUCAGAACUAGCUGUUCAUGACAACUUGUACUCCAAAAUAUGGCAUUCAGACAAAAUUGUACAAGACCGGGGUCUGGUAGUCACUGAUCCAAAGGCAAAAGAUAUUGUGUUGGAACACAAAAGUUACUGUGCCAAGAAAACGAAGGAGAGACACUUCUGGGGAGAUGUUCUGGGAUAUAUCACCCCUUGGAACAACCAUGGCUACGACAUUGCUAAAAUGUUUGGAAACAAAUUUACGUUGAUCUCCCCAGUCUGGCUACAGGUGAAAAGAAAGGGAAAGGAGAUGUUCCAGUUCACAGGGCUACAUGAUGCUGACCAAGAUUGGAUAAAGGAUGUCAAGAAAAACUCUAAAACCAUCAAAAUAGUUCCUCGGAUUUUGUUUGACGGCUGGACUUACCAAGAUUUUGAGAGUAUUUUUGGCAGUGAGGAUGAGAUAGAGGAGCUUUCCAAGACCAUGGUGCAAAUAGCCAAGGAAGAAAAUUUUGAUGGAUACGUAGUUGAAGUGUGGAGUCAGCUGGGAAAUCAAAAGCAAGCGGAGCUGAUUCAUUUGCUCACUCACCUCUCAGAAGCUCUCCAUGAAGCACAGCUUAAGCUAAUACUGGUAAUCCCACCUGCUGUCACACCAGGGACCAAUCAGCUGGGAAUGUUCACAAAGAAAGAAUUUGAUCAAUUGGCCCCAGUAAUGGACAGCUUCAGUCUCAUGACCUACGACUAUUCAACACCACAGCGGCCUGGCCCAAACUCCCCUCUUCCCUGGGUACGAGCCUGUGUUCAGGUGCUUGAUCCUGAAUCCAAAUGGAGGAGUAAAAUUCUUCUGGGGCUGAAUUUCUAUGGCAUGGACUAUUCAGCACUGGGUGCCUCUGGAGAGCCUAUCCUUGGUAACAGGUACAUCGAAACCCUGAAGGAAAACAAACCGAAAAUUGUUUGGGAUGAACAAAUAGCUGAACACUAUUUGGAAUACAAAAAAAGUAAAGGAGGAAAGCAUGUUGUCUUCUACCCAACAUUAAAGUCCAUCCAGUUGCGCUUAGAACUUGCAAAGGAAUUGGGGACUGGAAUAGCCAUCUGGGAGCUGGGACAAGGCUUGGAUUAUUUUUAUGAUCUGCUUUAAAAUGGUAGACUAAUUGGAGAGACUUCAUUUGCUUCACGGAGACUGCACAUUCAAUUAAGUGAGGUAUUUGUGGGGAGAUGAUUUAUAAUUUUGUUUUUUGUAAUUUAUAUGAAAUCUGUAUGGAAUUUGCAUUUUUCCUAAUAAAGAACCUACUCUGAAUUACUGUA